GGGAGACUGUGGUCUGCAUACAAGCCGCUUUCUGAGUCGCGAGGUGUGGAGCCAUCGCUGCUGCCUGCGGACCCGCUCCUUGAGUUUAAGGAACCGCCUUCUCUCUCUGCUUUCCCGGCGCUGCCAAGAUGCUGUCCUGCCGCCUGCAGUGCGCGCUGGCUGCGCUGUCCAUCGUCCUGGCCCUGGGCGGUGUCAGCGGAGCGCCCUCGGACCCUAGACUCCGUCAGUUUCUGCAGAAGUCCCUGGCUGCUGCUGCGGGAAAGCAGGAGCUGGCCAAAUAUUUCUUGGCAGAGCUGCUGUCUGAACCCAACCAGACAGAGAAUGAUGCCCUGGAACCUGAAGAUUUGUCCCAGGCUGCUGAGCAGGAUGAAAUGAGGCUGGAGCUGCAGAGAUCUGCUAAUUCAAAUCCAGCCAUGGCACCCCGAGAACGCAAAGCUGGCUGCAAGAAUUUCUUCUGGAAGACUUUCACAUCCUGUUAGUUUUAUUAGUUGUAUUUGUCAGACCUCUGAUCCCUCUCCUCCAAACCCCACCUCUCUUCCCUAGUCCACAAAUCCUCAAUAAGACCCUUGCAUUAGAAAUUGAAGAUUGUAAAUAUCAAAUAAAAUAAUGGUGAAAAUAUGGAAAA